AUGCCGGUCGUCAAGGGAGGAGUCUGGACCAACGCCGAGGACGAGAUCCUCAAGGCGUCGGUCUCCAAGUAUGGGCUGCAUCAGUGGGCGCGCGUGUCGUCGCUCCUGCAGCGCAAAACCCCCAAGCAGUGCAAGGCGCGAUGGAACGAGUGGCUGGAUCCCAGCAUCAAGAAGAUCGAGUGGAGCAAGGAGGAGGAUGAGAGGCUGCUGCACCUGGCCAAGUUGAUGCCCACCCAAUGGCGCACCAUUGCUCCCCUCGUUGGCCGCACCGCAAACCAGUGCCUUGAACGUUACCAGAAGCUGCUUGACGAAGCCGAACAACGCGAAGCUGGCGGACUAGGCCUCACCGGCCCAGACGGCGGCGAAACGCAAGCACCCACCGCCGAUGAUGUACGGAGACUACGUCCGGGCGAGGUCGACCCCAACCCCGAAAGCAAGCCCGCCAAACCCGACACCAUCGACCUCGACGAGGAUGAGAAGGAGAUGCUAAGCGAGGCCCGAGCCCGCCUUGCCAACACCCAAGGAAAGAAGGCAAAGCGGAAGGCGAGAGAACGUCAGCAGGAGGAGUCCAGGCGCCUGGCCACCCUACAAAAGCGCCGCGAGCUCAAGACGGCUGGCAUCAACAUCAAGGUCAUCACCCGCAAAAAGGGUCAGAUGGACUACAAUGCCGACAUUCCCUUCGAGAAGGCACCGGCACAAGGGUUUUACGACACGACCGAGGAACAAGGCUUGAACGAGCGGGAGAGGGCGGCAUUCGACCCCCGAAAGCAACAGCUCGCAAACAAGCGCAAGGGUGAGCAGGAUGAUGACGGCGAGAGGAAGAAGCGGAAGAACGAGAAGGACGGCCCUUCGGCCUCGAUGCAGGCCGCCAUGAAGGCCGGUCAGAUGCAAAAGAUACGCGAGGCUGAGCAGAGCAGCAAAAGGCGGGCGCUUGUCCUGCCGACGCCGCAAGUUGGCGAGGGCGAGCUCGAAGAGAUUGUCAAGAUGGGCAUGAUGGGUGAACGUGCAAACCUAAUUGCCCAGUCCAGCGAGAACGAUGCUACAAGGGGCCUUGUCAACACAUACUCAACCCUGACGUCGCAAACUCCAAUUCGGACACCCAUGGCGCCGGCCCAGGAGGAUCAUAUUGCCAAUGAAAUCCGCAACAUCAAGGCCUUGACAAAUAACCAGUCAGCUCUCUUGGGAGGCGAAAAUGCCGACCUACAGGAGGGUUCGGGCUCCACAGGCUUUGAAAGCGCAACUCCUCGCAGACAGGUCGUUUCAACACCUAAUCCCCUAGCCACACCCCUGAGAAAUGCUGCCAAUGGCGUGGGUGCCACACCAGGGAGGGUUGGCCAGACUCCUCUGCGGACCCCGCGAGACAGCUUUGCCUUGAACGCUGCUGGCGAUGCCAUGGCGCUCAUCCCUGGGUCCGCGAAGGACAUGCGCCUGCGUGAGACAACGAAGAAGCAGUCAUUGAGGCAGGGGCUUGCUUCUCUGCCAAAACCAAAGGAAUCCGACUGGGAGCUUGAAGCUCCAGAGGAUCAGAUGGAACUGGUAGUUGCAGAUGAGAUGGAAGAAGACUCGGAGGAAAGAGAUCGUCGUGAAAGACAGAUUAGGGAAGCACAGGAGCAACUUGAACGCAGACGUCGAACGCAGGUCAUGCAGAAAGAGUUGCCUCGACCUGACGUAGUAGACAUUGAUGCCCUGAUUGAGCGGGCCGCAACGGUGGAAGAUCCUGUGGAAGCCCUGAUUGCCAAGGAGGCUGCCUUGCUCAUUGGAAAUGAUGCAGUGAGAUACCCCCUACCAGGAGGCACUGUCAAAGGGCGGCCCGGCAGCCUUGCUCGCUUUGACGAUGCUGCGCUUGCAGAGGCCCGCCUUCAGAUUCUUCUGGAGGUCAAGGACAAACCCAAGCCAGAAGACGUAUCCGCUGUCUUCAACAGGGAGAACAGCAACGCCCUUCUGCUGGGUCUAGGCUGCUAUGUGGAUGAUGAGGAAGAAGAGCAGGCAGCGCUCAUGCAGUCUGCUUUCGAUGCUGUUCAGGCUUCCACCAUGUCGACUGUGGAGAAAUGCGCGAAGGUCGAAAAGAAGCUUACACUGCAUCUCGGAGGAUAUCAGAACAGAGCCAAGACCCUGGGGCAAAAGACAGCGGAGGCUUUUGAAGCCCUUGGGAAGGCACAGACUGCGCUCAGCGGAUUUCAGGCUUUGAGCAUAUCGGAAGAAAUUGCCGCCAAGAGUCGUCUCGAUGCACUACGCGAAGAGGUCGCCUUUGUCAGUAGGAGGGAGCGGGAGGCACAAGAUAUGUAUAAGCGAACCAAAGACGAACUCGAAUCUCUCAGCAACGUCAACGGUUAUCAUUAA